UCGAGUGUGGUGCUCGAAGAACGAUUAGUUCAGGAAGAAUACAGACAUGGUAGAAGAAAGGAUGGGGGACUGUUGGAGCCACACCAAGGAUCAAUUUGACAACUUGGAGAAGCACACACAGUGGGGGAUCGAAUUUGUGGAGAAGUACACCAAAUUUGUCAAGGAGAGAUCAGAGAUCGAAACCAGCUAUGCAAAACAAAUUAGGAAUUUAUCAAAGAAGUAUCAACCCAAGAAGAACUCACGAGAAGAGGAUGAGAGCAAGUACACCUUCUGUCGAGCCUUCCUGACAACACUUAAUGAGUUAAAUGACUAUGCAGGUCAACACGAAGUCAUAUCGGAGAACUUAACAUCUCAAAUCAUCACCGAGCUGUCACGUUACCUGCAGGAGCUCAAGUCUGAGAGAAAAUCGCACUUCCACGAUGGGCGUAAGGCACAGCAGCACAUUGAGAGCUCAUGGAAACAGCUGGAAUCGUGUAAAAGACGGUUUGAGAGAGACUGCAAAGAGGCGGACAGAGCACAGCAGUACUUUGAGAGGAUGGAUGCCGACAUUAACGUGACUAAGGCUGACGUGGAAAAGGCACGACAGCAAGCUCAGAUGAGACACCAGAUGGCUGCUGACAGUAAGAGCGAAUACUCCUCCUAUCUGCAAAAGUUCAACCAGGAGCAGAAUGACCAUUACUACACAAUUAUCCCGAACAUAUUCCAGAAACUUCAAGACAUGGAGGAGAAAAGAAUCGAGCGGAUAGGAGUGUGCAUGAAGACGUUUGCAGACGUGGACCGCCAAGUGCUGCCAAUCGUGGGGAAAUGUUUAGACGGCAUGACGAAAUCAGCGGAGUCCAUCGAGCCGAAGACUGACUCUCAGCAGGUGGUGGAAUCCUACAAGUCUGGAUUCGAGCCCCCUGGAGAAGUGGAGUUCGAGGACUACGGCCAGGCCAUGAAGAGGACGGUGUCCGAGACCAGCCUGUCCAACUCCAAGGAGGGCAAGGAGAGGCCUGCUGGCAAGACCAAGGGCAAACUGUGGCCUUUCAUUAAGAACAAGAACAAGCUUAUGUCCCUGUUAACGUCCCCCCACCAGCCCCCACCUGCCCCCCCAGCCUCAUCCCCACCCUCACCCUCUACUGUUCCCAACGACCCCCAGUCUCCCAAGCAGCACAAGGAGCCCCUCUCCCACCGCCUCAACGACUUCAUGGCCUCCAAACCCAAAAUGCACUGCCUCCGGAGCCUGAGGCGAGGGCUUUCUCUCAAGCUGAUCACACUCAAUUCCCACGUCCGGAAUCUCAUUGAGGGUUCUGGACCAGAAGACUUCAGCCACCUGCCACCAGAGCAGAGAAGGAAGAAGCUCCAGGGAAAGAUUGAUGAGUUAAAUAAAGACAUUCAGAAAGAUAUGGACCAGAGGGACGCUCUUACUAAGAUGAAAGACGUGUACGUGAAGAACCCUCAGAUGGGAGACCCCGCCAGCGUGGACCCCCGACUAUCAGAAAUAGGCCAGAACAUCGAGAAACUCCAGUCUGAAUUGCAGAAGUUCGAGGGCUGGUUAGCAGAGGUGGAGGAGAGGAUGCCAUCCAAGAGCGACACACACCGGAGAAGUGGGUUCUUCGAGACGCAGAACAACACGACAGUGAGCAACAACUGUGCGCAGGACAGAGAGAGCCCGGAUGGCAGCUACACGGAGGAGCAGAAUUCAGAGACUCAGGUCAAGGUCAGCACCCACCCUGUCCCCACCACCAGCACGCCGGAGUUUGAUGAUGAGUUUGACGACGAGGACACCUUGCCCACCAUCGGCACCUGUAAAGCCUUGUACCCCUUUGAAGGUCACAACGAGGGCACCAUCGCCGUGGCCGAGGGCGAGCUGUUGUACGUCAUAGAGGAGGACAAAGGAGACGGGUGGACGCGAGUGCGCAGGAACGAGGACGAGGAGGGAUACGUCCCCUCGUCCUACGUCGAGGUCUUUUUGGAAACAAAUGCCAAAGUUGCAGAUUCCUAAAAGUGGGGCUCGCUGAGGAAUGGCAGGGCAAGCACGCCUCGGAGAUACCACCACGUUCCUCACACGCUCAGCGUGAAAGACGACCUGAGUCUAAAGAGACAACCCAUAAUAUCACAUCUCAAUUUCCAAACUGUUAAAAAAAAUUAACUUUAUCAGCACUGUUGCGCUUCCUCUGCUAAUCUCUGCAAUGUGAAGCAAGGAUAUGAGAAUUUCAUCAAAAUUUAAGAGCUCAUAACCUGUACCUUCUUAAUAACCCCCAUUCAGAAGUCCACAGUACACACCUUCUUUGUGUUGCUUUCAGCAAAGCUUCGCUUCUUAAUGUAACUAACUCCGCUUGCAUCACGCACAGUCAUGAAAUUUGGCUUUUGGCUUCCUCAGACUGAGCGUCGCCCCUCUUUUUCCUUACCUUUCCCCUGUUACACACAUGGCAGAGGGUGUGGUCAGAGAGAAGAUGGAGACCACCAGGAGCCUGCGGACAAAAAAACUGUGGGAGAACCCAUGACACCACUCAUCCAGUAGUGUGUGUGUGUGUGUGUGUGUGUGUGUGUGUGUGUGUGAGGGGGUCAUGAACUCCUCACUCACUCACUCAUUGACCUCAUAGAGAAUCAUCCAAGGAUCAUCCACCUUCUUAAGAGGCUGUAAAAACCUCAUUCACUUCCUCUUUACGCCUACUUCCUUCCCACUAAAGUCACUAAACUCCACAUUUGCAGGUUUCACCCACCUGAAAGAACAGGAAGUGAAGGUGCUGAUCAUUGGUUUCUGUGUCAUGUGCUUCUGGUUUGUUUGAAUGACCUGGAUGUUAUUUUUAACGGAAUUCCAGUUCCAGUAUUUACCCAGUUCCAGUAUUUUUCAACCUAGGCCCCAUAUAUAUAUAUAUAUAUAUAUAUAUAUAUAUAUAUAUAUGUGGCACUUACAAAAACGUUGCGUCCACCAGCAGCUGUGACAGCAGUGGCUACAAUCUAAUCUUAUGGGGCAACUGCGACAGCAACUAAAAAUGCUUUUUUUCACCAAUAAAAUCUGGAGUCUGGUAACAUUUCAGAUGUCGCUCAACGAGAAGUCCCCCUCUGACCUGUGCAGCAGCUCGUUGUCCCUCUCUUAAUUUGUGCUUCAGUUUGUAGGAGAUUUUCGUCCAUAUCCUCCAGCUCCAACUUUAAUGGCACACUUUGUGGACUGUCGCAGUUGCCCCAUAAGAUUACAUUUAACCCACUGUCGUUGAGUUACGGCUGCCGGCGGAGGUGAUCAUUUCUAAAAGGUUUUUUUUAAGUUAAAUUGUUUAAAUUCCCCUAUAAGGUGUUGUUUGUCGUAAAUGUCCAGUUUACUCCACUCCCACAUUCCCAGGACCAGCUGGAGCGAAAAACAAAGUGAUGGAUGAUGUGGUCAUUCACCAUCACUCUCAUCAUCCACCGGUCUUCCUGUCUUGUCACUGGUGCUUGUUCUUCUCUCUGACCACACCACCCUAAUCACUUCCACGGCCCCUCCUCCCUCCUUAGGCGGCUCAGGCUUACCCUUGGCUGCUUUCAGCCCCAUUCCUCCCCUGCCCCUCACCCUCUUUUUUUUAUUAUUUGCAAAAGCUCAGGGGCGUUGUGGUGUGCUGCAUGCUUGCCCUGUCGUCCUCCUCGCCCCCCUCUGCUGGUGGCCCUGAGGAGUUGGUGCUGGGCUAUUUGGUCAAGCUUAUGCGCCCCCCCUCCCUCCCUCCAGCCUUUCUGUUCAGUUAACCCUCAUUGCCUGGUCGUACUGUUUGAAUAACCUUGAUGCUACUGUUUGGGUUCGGUGCCUGUGGUUUUUUAAAAUGUCUUUUCUGUUCUGGUUCAGAAAGCAUGUUUCCCCUGUUUGUUUGUUUUUUAACAGCGAGUGAGUGAUCACCACGUCCACAGUUUAAUGUCAAAACUGCAACAAGGACCUGGGUUGUUUUUCUUUUUCUGAAUGAUCUUAUGCAUAGAUAGUUCAUGAGUCUUGUGCAUUUCUUUUACAGUCCAGUAUGUAUGUAAAAAAUGUUUGUAUUGUAUGUUUUCGAUCGGAGUGUCUAACGCAAGUUGUUAGUUUACAGUUGAUCACCUUGUGCUUGGUCCAAGCAGCAGUCAACCCAAAAAAGAAAAAGAAGAAGUUAUGAUUGACACCUGAUGUGUUUUUAGGAUGGCCCGCCUACUGCCUAUUCUACUGUAUAUGAAAAUAUACUGUGAUUCAUCGUCCUGUGAACUUGUGACUGAAGUGUGACAGAAAUCACCUGUUUCGGGGCUUUACACCCGUUUUACGUUCAACCACUGCGAGAGAGAAUGGUGCAGGUGUUUCCUGUGAUGUGGCGAAAGGAUCAAGAUGUGAUUUAUCUCAAAAGUCUCGGGGGCAAAUUUCAAGACUUUUUAUUUUUAAACAAUCACGAAGAAUUAUGCCCACCCCUCCAACCCCCCUUCCUGCUCAACGGCACAUAAUGUAUGUGAUUUUUAAGAUUUCUGUUUUAUAAUUUUAAUAAUCUUGAAUUGAGAUUCUGCUUUCCCGGUUUUAUUUUAAGCUGGAAAUUAUUGUUGUAGCUUUUUUUUUCUCUCUGCCUGAACGGGACUAAAAUCCCUUUUAACUGCAAAUAUAACGUAACUGUUGCGUUGCUUUUUUUUCUUCUUAUUUGGAUGAAGCCAUUUGCUGAAAAUUCAUCUGAUGCAGAAUAUUAUGAACCCUUCCCGACAUCGGCGAGUGAUGGACGCAGACAGUUUGGACUCUUGAUGGAAGGAAGGAUCAAAGCCCAUCUGAAGCUUAAAAAUUAAGAAUACCAUGUUCACUUUUUCGCCACCCGUCUCAAAAAUGUCAAGAUAUCAAACACUUGCGUUGUAUUAGUUUUCUGAGUGACACAUGACAAUAUAAACCUUACGAGGUAAAGACCACCACUUCAACAGGCAGCAAUAGUUUUAUAAUGUCUGCCUUUGCUCUACGACAAGACCACCACAAAACUUUCAGUUGACGCCCCUGAAUAACCGCCUGUACAGAGGAAACGGCGUGAUGGAAUUAGAGAGAGUAUAUAUGAAUAUAUAAAUAAAGUUUAAAAAGGACAAACAUCUAUUUUAACUAUUGGAGAGUCUUGCCAUGACUUCUGCUUUGCAAAGUAAGACUUCUUUUUCCUUUGUGAGGUCUACCAAAUGGUGUGUUUUGCACUUUUUCGUUUGUGUUCCAUUUGGUAGCCCAUGCUUGUGUUUUGGAGCACUGAAUACUUUGUAUUGUGUUUACUGUGCCAAUUAAAUAUGCCUGGAAAGUAAA